UCUUUGGUCCAAUCAGUGGAGUAGCCGCCGCAGUAAUCCCCGCCUCCCAGAUAAACCGCCAUCAUGAAAUUGAAAACAAGAAACUAGACGAGACACGCAGUCCACUCUGCUUCACAACAACAAGGAUUAAUCAGACGGACUGAGGCAGUGUGAUAUGAGUGAGAUGGCGGGCGAAGCAAAGGACGGCUCUGCAGUGUCAGAGGAAGAAGUGGAGGACCUGCAGGAGACGUCGCAGGAAGACCUGUCGAGUCCGAAGAAAAGCAGCGCCAAAAUAUCUGGUGAAAUCAUCGAAGGCAAGCGGGCAAAGAAGACAGUCGAGAGGCUCGAUUUCCAGGCACCAAAGCAAAAGGAGAAGCUCAAGACUGGAGAUGGUAGCGGAGAUAAAUUGGGAGACAUUCCACGUAUCGGCUUCCAGAUCAAUAAGAUAAAGGCAGCUGACCUGAAACCUCUUCACGCCAUCCUGUUCGACAGACAGGGAAAGAUGGCCCUGUUAAAGAAGAACCUGCGUCUGUUUAACGGCUUUCCUUUUGACGCCGACAGCGAACAGUACACCAAGAAACGAGAAAAACUCCUCAAGAAUUCAAACUUAACCAACACAAAACUGAAGGUUGUCUGUGGUGUUUUGGAUCUGGAGAAGAAAGGAACCCACGCCGAUCUGGUCGACAGGAUCCUGACUUUCCUUAUUGAACCUAAAAACAGCGGGAAGCGUCUGCCGGUGAAGAAAAAGAGGAAAUCAAAGAAGAAACUGUCUGGCGACGACUCCGAGACCAGCACCAAGAAGAAGAGCAAACCCAAACCCCGAAGCUCGUCCUCCAGUCCCAAGAAGUCCAAAGCCGGAAGCAAGUCCAAAGCCAUCGUCAUGGACUCGAGCAGCGACGAGGAUGGCGACGAGGACGAUGAGAAGGCGGCGGCUUCAGCUGAGGCCGAGGGAUCGGACGCAGAGGACAAACCAUCCGAGAAAGAAGAGGACCACUCCGACAAGUCAGAGGAGUCUGCUGAGGAGGAGGAGGAGGAGGAAGAAGAAGAGGAGGAGGAGGAGGAAGACGAUGAUGAGUCUCCCAAAUCAAAGUCCGGCAGAGGGAAGUCUGCUUCCAAGAAAUCGGCCCCGGUGAAAAGACAGAAGCCACCGGCAAAGAAGACGGCUCCUCCUAAAAAGAGAGCGAAGAAGGAAGUUUCAGACGCGUCCGAAUCGGACGCCGACAGUGAAGCUGAGGAGAAGCCCAAAAAGAAGAAAUCGACUCCAGCCAAACGUGCCGCCAAAAGCAAGAAGGCCGACAGCAGCAGCAACAGAAAAAACAACACAAACACAGCCGAGGACAGUUCAGACGACGACGAGCCGCUCAUCAAGAUGGUGAAGAAGGCGCCGACAGACGAGCAGCUGAAGGAGACGGUGCAGAGUCUGCUGAAGGAGGCCAACCUGGAGGAGAUGACCAUGAAGCAGAUCUGCCAGAGGGUGUUUGACACCUACCCGGACCACGACCUGGCCAGCAAGAAGGACUACAUCAAACAGACUGUUAAAUCUGAACGAAGCCAGGAGAGUGCAGUGCCACUGAUGUUGCAGUAGGUUUCCAGUCGGGAC